AUGGUAGAUUUCCGAAAUUUUGGUAAAACCGCAAAGUACUCGUGUUGUGAUGGUUUCAAAUUAGACGGAGAAGAAAAACGGCUGUGUACUGACAUAGGGUGGUCACCGCCAUCUAACACAACAUGCAAAGCUGUGAGAUUUUGUGAAGUUCCGCAUUAUAUGGAAGUUUACGAUAAAUCACUGUACAUACCUAUUGGAAAGGAAGCACUAUUGUUUUGCAUGAAGGGAUACAAGAUUUCCGUUUCAUUACGAACUUCCGAGCACAUUUAUUCACUCAACUCAUUGUUAGCGUUAUGCAACUGCAAUGGCAAGUGGAAUAUACCUUCAGAUGUAUCGCCAUGCGAAGAUGACCAUUGUGAACCGCCGCCGCCGCCUCCUUUGCCUGGUGGUAUGACAAUAUACGAAUAUAACAACACCUCGAACUCGAUGUUUCUACCCGGGUCAAGAGUAAAUUAUACUUGUCCAAGAGGGUAUGGUUUGGAUGGUAUACCAUAUCGCAUUUGCUCCAGAAAUCUUACCUGGGAACCUGUUACUAAACUGCACGAAUGCAAAGCCAUGUUGCCCGUUUGUUCAUUUCCUAGACCGCCAAAGAAUGGACAAGUUGUAAAGGUGACGUCGUUAGGAAAGGGAGGAACUGCUUCUUUUGCAUGUAAUACUGGAUUGACGUAUCGUGGACACAUGCGGACUUGCACAACUGAUGAGAUGAACAACACGUUUUGGGACAGACAAGAAGGUUCCUGUGAAAGCUUUUGCAAAACUUGUGGCAGUACUGUUGCUCUCAAAUGUAGAAAGCAACACAAUGGCGUGUGUCUUUCGGAAACAGGUGCGUGGCCUUGGAUGGUUGCCAUUUACAGGCUGGAACGAGGCAAUCCCGUUUUUCACUGCGGAGGCGCGGUGAUUAGCGAAUGUAUGAUUUUGACCGCAGCUAGUUGUUUCAUUGGUCGCAAUACAGAGGAAUUGGUUGUCGUUGUGGGAGACACGCAACGUCUUGUAAAAGAAUUUAGCGAGAAAUCAUACACUAUUAAAAGAGUGUUUAUACAUGAAAAAUUUAACGUAGGAAAUUUCAAUCGAAACGUUGCUUUGCUAAUUUUGAAUUGCAAUGUCACGUGCUCACCAUACGUACGAAAAGCUUGUUUGCCAACUCCACAGGACAAUAUCUACUACCGUCCGGGGACCCAGUGUAUAGUAGCAGGAUGGGGAGCCAUGGAAAGAAGAGAAUUGGGAGACAAUGCAAGCGCCAAAUCGACUAACAUGAAAGAAAUUCAUCUUCCCAUUGCAGACAAAGACACUUGCAUAGCCAGCACUUCGCCACAAUUCCGAGACGAUGUCACAAAUUAUACAAUUUGUGUGGGAGACGGUACUGGCAACAACGACGCUUGCAAUGGUGAUUCAGGAGGUCCUCUCUUUUGUAAACGCAAUAAGGAAGACUAUGACAGUUACGUUGUCGUAGGAAUAGUCAGUUGGGGAGUAGGAUGUGGUCAGCCCGGAAAGUACGUCAUAGCUACACACUUGCUGAAUCUGAUGGAUUGGGUCAGAAAUGUGUUGGACCAAUACGGAUGUCCGUUAGCCCCCGACGGCGAAAAAGAGGAAGACUUGUGCGCUGAACUUCCGAUCAAACUGUUCUGAUUCUAGUGCAUCGGUUGCUACAAUGACCGACAUAAUGUUGGACACUUUUGUGAGUAAUGUAGACGUAGAAUUAGUCUGCAGUUUGCUUAUGCAGGUUUGUGAGUUUCUUUAGCAGUUAAUGGUGCAAAGAGUUGCUUAA